UCGACGCGCUCUCUCCGCUGCUCCGCCUUUUCCAAGACGCUAGUGGAAGAAAGGUUUUUUUUUUAUCGUGGUACAGCGUGAGAAGAAGACUUACCACCUCCAGUUUGUGCAUGAUAUUCUUAUACUGAAAGGUGUGAUGCGCCUAAGCGAAGAAAAGUUGUGCACGUGUGUAUUUUAAAAGCUGCAGUGUCGCAUGAGCCGCCCAAGAGCGCACCCCGGAGCAACACAAAGCGCGUCAAAGAAAUCUGAUUUCACUGGAGACUUUUGUUUACACAGAAUGGACCCAAAGCCACGUUUUCCUUAGCACGAGUGGCUAGGACAGUGCUGCAUAUUGUUGACAUCUAGCUCACAGCACAACCAUUGGAGAGGGUGCCACAUGCGCACAUUUGGGCUCUUGCCUUGCAGCCCCAUGAGUUUGUGAAGAUUUGUUUUUUUUUAUUGAUUGGGGAAAAAAAAGCAUAUGUUUGACUCCUGCAUUUUUGACAAACUCACCUUAGUUGGUGUAGGCUGUGUAGGGAUGGAACAUUAGAAUAGUAUUUUUGAUACUGGACGAGUAAACAAGCUUUCCAAAAGUCAACAUGGAGAGCAGCGCGGACGAGAAGGAGAACAGCCUCCCGAGCUCUGACAGGCGCUUCGCCUUAAGUUACAUCGGCUGGACUACGCUGGACAGGCGGACAACUCUACCCAUGCUGCCCUGGCUCGUGGCAGAUAUUCGCAGGAAAAGUGAGAAGGGCGACUGCGGGCCUCAGGUUCAGUCUAGGGAUGUCCAGCUGGUCCUCAACCCUCCUCUCCUACGAUGUGUCCCGUCCAACAACAGCAACUCUUCCGUAUUCAUCUUUGAGCACAAAGCACAGCUCAUCUCUCGUUUCAUACACAACAGUAAUGAUCUGUCUUAUUUUGCCUAUCUCCUGCGAGGACAGCCUGACAACCCAGAGUCAGAGAUGUCCUGUCAUGUGUUUAAGGCCAGCGACCCCAACCAGGUUCCUGAGGUCAUCAGCAGGAUUCGACAGGCAUCCAAGUCCGUCCUGAAGGAAGAAACUAAUCCAAAACAGGAAGCUGAAGAAGCGUUCUACAACUCCCAAAAGUUUGAAGUGCUUUACUGUGGCAAGGUGACAGUUGGUCAUAAAAAAGCUUCAUCUACCCUUAUUGAUGAUUGCAUUGAUAAGUUUCGCCAGCACGAGGUUGAGCGUAAACGUCUCCGGUUACUUAAUGGUCAGCGGGGGUCAACAGAGAACACACCAGUGGAGUUUUUCAUGGGUGCAGAGUCAGAUCCUCUGUCCUCUGUUUUAAAUGCAAACCCAGAAGACACCAAAGUGCCUGGAGCAGAUGACAUACCAUUAGCAGGAACAGGUAAAGUCAUGUCCAACAGUCCCAGUCAAAGCAGUCUGCGUGGUACUUUCCCUGAGUGCAUCCUGGAGGACUCUGGUUUCGAGGAGCCUCAAGAGUUUCGUACUCGGUGCAGUAGCCUCGCAGGAAACCUACAGAGAAAACCUGGAGAAAAUGUCAUUCUAGCCCCCACACGACGCCGCCAUGCUAGUGCUCCUAAUCACGUUCAGCCUUCUGAUGCAGACAAAAACCGCACCAUGCUUUUCCAGGUUGGACGCUUUGAAAUAAACCUUAUAAGUCCAGAUAGUAAGACAGUGGUGCUGGAGAAGAACUUCAAAGAUAUCUCAUCGUGCUGUCAGGGUAUAAAGCAAACUGACCAUUUUGGAUUUAUUUGCCGGGACCAAUGUGAAGGUGGUCCUAGUCAGUAUGUCUGCUAUGUUUUCCAGUGCGCCAGUGAGUCUUUGGUGGAUGAGGUGAUGAUGACACUGAAGCAGGCUUUUAGUACAGCUGCAGCCUUACAAAGCAAUAAGACCCCGAUCCAGCUGUGUGAAGCGUGCCCCAUGCAUGACCUGCACAAGCUCUGCGAGAGGAUCGAAGGUCUCUACCCACCUAGAGCAAAGCUAGCCAUCCAAAAAUAUCUUUCCCAGCUCAAUGACAAUGAGCAAGCUGAGAUUUUUGAGCGAGUCCAGAGGCAGAAGCCAUGUUCAGACCAAGAGGAAAAUGAGCUGGUUAUUAUCCAGCUAAGACAACUGUGUGAAUCAAAGCAAAAAACCCACUCACACCUUGGAGAUGCUCCUCAGAAUGCAGUCAGUAGCUCACAAGCUGGAGAUGGAGCAACCGGUGGCAGUCGUUUCAAACUCGAUGUUCUCAAGAAUAAGGCUCGCUCAUCCCUCACCAGUUCACUGGAGAACAUCUUUGCACGGGGUGCCAGUCGGAUGCGGGGUCGUUUGGGAAGUAUAGGAAGUAUUGGAAGCUUUGAUAGGCAGGAUGAGGAGUCUCCAGACCACUCACCUCCUGGGUCCCCUCCACACUUCCCGGAUGAUGACCCAGAAGCUGGCAUCCAGUUUCGGCGGCGCGCUCACACCUUCAGCCAUCCACCUGUGAAGAAGCGCAUUUCCUUUGAAAGCCAACCCUCCUCUCAGAGUAAACACGCCCCUCUGCGCAGACAACAGUCUGUCAACCCUGAGCUUCUGCAGAGCAGUCCGGUGGCUGUCCCAAGAACACGCAGUGUUUCGGAGAGUGACUCUACCUUCAGCCUCCCCUCCUCCUUCUCCGCCCCCACUUUCCUGAAAAGCAUUUACCAGGGCUCCCUGGGUUCCCUCAGCUCCCUGGCAGACAGUGGGAGCAACAAGAGCAAUGGCGAAGGCAGGAAGAGGACAUUGUCGGCCUGCAGUACUGACUCCCUGAGCGCUCUCCCUCUCACCCCACGCCGCAUCUCCUGGAGGCAGAAGAUCUUCAUGAGAGUCGCAUCUCCCAUGAACAAGCCAGCGGUUCCUAUGGAGCACCCAGACCACUGUGACACAUCCGAACUGCUGCCUCUAUCUCCAUGUGCUCUGGUUUCUGGUUUGGAUCCACUGGGCCGACUGGAGCCCAUAGGCGGGGACCACGCGUCUGGGGAGAGACCCAAGAAGACCGCAGCAGAAUACAGGAUGCUCUGGAAGACUGCCAUUCACCAACAGAUCCUGCUGCUGCGUAUGGAGAAGGAGAACCAGCGUCUCGAGGCAAGCCGGGAUGAGCUCCACAUCCGUAAAAUGAAACUCAACUACGAAGAGGUGGGCCAGUGUUCGAAAGAUGCACAGACAUUGUGGGAGAAGAAAUUGUGCGCCCCAGGCAGAACCACAGUCCCACAAGAUAAAGAGGAGAUGUACCGCGCUCUCUGCCAAGGUGUUCCAAAGAGCCGACGUGGAGAAGUGUGGCUUCUUCUGUCCCAUCAGCACCGUCUGCGACACAGACUUCCCCACCGACAGCAAGCCCCCGACAUCCCGUAUCGAGAUCUACUCAAACAGCUCACAGCACAGCAGCACGCCAUCCUGGUGGAUCUUGGUCGGACCUUUCCCACCCAUCAGUAUUUCUCCGCUCAGCUUGGUGCCGGACAGCUCUCUCUCUACAACCUUUUGAAGGCUUACUCUUUGCUGGACACGGAGGUCGGCUAUUGUCAGGGAAUCAGUUUCGUGGCUGGCGUGCUCCUGUUGCACAUGAGUGAGGAGCAGGCCUUCGAUAUGCUAAAGUUCCUCAUGUACGACUUGGGCAUCAGACGCCAGUACAGACCUGACAUGAUCUCUCUGCAGAUUCAGAUGUACCAGCUCUCCAGACUGCUCCAUGACUAUCACCGCGGCCUGUACAAUCACUUUGAGGAACACGAGAUCUGCCCCAGUCUCUACGCCGCUCCGUGGUUUCUGACACUCUUUGCCUCUCAGUUCCCUCUUGGCUUUGUCUCCCGUCUAUUCGAUUUUGUGUUUGCCCAAGGGACCGAGGUGAUCUUUAAAGUGGCCCUGUGCCUUUUAAGUAGCCACGAGAGCGAGAUAGUCAAGUGCGACAACUUUGAGAGUAUAGUGGACUAUCUGAAAACUACACUCCCCUCACUCAAUCAGACACAGAUGGAGCACACUAUAGCAAAGGUGAUGGACAUGGACAUCUCUAAACAGCUGCAUGCGUAUGAAGUAGAGUACCACGUUCUCCAGGAUGAGAUGUUAGAUACCGGGCCACUUCCGGAUGACUCGGAGCGCCUUGACAAACUAGAGAAGACCAACGUACAGCUGAAGAAACAAAACAUGGAUUUACUAGAAAAACUGCAGGCGGCCCGUCAGAAGAUCCAGUCCCUGGAGACCAGCGUGGAUAACUUUCUUUCUCGGGAGAGCAAAAUGAAGCACAUGAUCCGCUCUCUGGAGCAGGAGAGGGCAGCCUACCAGAAGACCAUUGAACGCAUGCGCUCGUGCCUUCCCCCUGACGCCCUGACAGAUGUUGAGAUGACCCAGAUCAAAACAGGACCAAAUGGGAAAGCCAAAACUGCAGCCAAGAAGCCAUGAUGACAACCACGGGCAGAUGCACACAAAGAAGUGAACAAAUACAACAUUGUGUUUGUAAAGACUGCUGGGAUUUUUUACAGCUGCUUAAGUGCUGUACAAGCGUUCACAUGAUGCCUGAAGUGGAGGCAUCCAGAGUGUAUGCUUUAAAUGUAUGUCAAAAGAUAGCAAGAAGAAGUAGAAGAUGUUUUCAGCUACAAUGGCCACAUCAAGAGAAUUUUUUUUUUCAGAGUGAACCAGGGAAUUUCAAGCCACUCGUGAGAAAGGCAUCUUGAAAACAACACUGCCUUGAUAACUUUUUGUAGCACUACAACAGCAACGGACAGAAGCGAUCGUGUAGACUUCAGGGUCAACCUCCAGCCAUUACCUUAACAUUAACACGUCAACAUGUUUUUAUGACUUUGAAUGUGACAGCUUGGAUUCGUGAACUUUUAUUUUUCUUCACUUGAAAAAUGUCUAAUCAUGAUUUUGUUUAUUGAAGCAUUACACAUCUGUCAGUUCCAGCCCACAUAUUAUCUCUUCUUGUAGCACUCACCACUGCCUUGUGCACUGUAUGUGUGUGUGUGUGUGUGUGUGUGUGUGUAUGUACGCGCUGUUUAAAAAGGAGGAAGUGUUUCUUCCAGAGCUGGGGCAGGAUGUGAGAUUGUCUGCAGUCUCAGUUUCCUGUGUGACUGACCGCCGUGUCGUCCUGUUUUAGCUUCAUGUUCAGAGGCAAAGUUCACACUAACCAAGAAGAAAAUGCAGAGAGCGUACGCACAUUUGAAGGUGUAAAGACACAGCACUGUAAACACAAAGAGCAUUUUUAAUCUGAGUCGAAUAAGGCUGACGUACAUUUACAAUCAGCGGGUUUUGUAUCAAUCUGUGUUUCAAGAUAAUCCACAUCUUCCAUUUGUUCAUUUGACAGUACUGUGCAAAGCAUUUUGUAUCUAAAACUUUUACCGAAUUUCAAAGAAUCUACAAGGAAUUAUAUAUACAAACUGAAAAAAAAUGAAUGCAGUAUUUUCAGUCAAGCAAAAACAAAUUUACAUUAAUCAAAACAUUGUUAAAGUUAAGUGCAUCUGUUGUGAGCAUAACUUUUGCACAGUACUAUACAUUGCAAUUGUGAGUGAUAGUUUUGACAGUUUGAGUGAAAAGCUUGUCCCUGGAUGCAUUUUAUGUUAUGGUUCUGUCUGUCUGAGCACUGCCAGAAAGUAAAUCGGUCCAGGUUACACUGUCAUUAGAAGCUAAGUGAUAGCGCUCACAGAAAAGCACUCAGUGUCUGUCAGUCUUCCUGUCCUUGAGAACUGUUUGCACUGUAGUUAUUUGUCAUGGUAGUUUACUUGGACAUCUACUUUUCUUUAGUAAACCGGGCUUGUCUGAGCAUUCACACAGCGCACAUGCCUCAUUUGGCUACAGCUAAUUGAAGUGGAUACAGCCUGACGUUUGCUGUCAAAGUGAUGUGUUCUUGGGGUAAUUGAGGUGACAUGGUAAACCUUUGCACCAAACUUCUCAUUAAUAAUAUAGAAACGGGGUUUUCUCUGAACAGCGGGACGCUCCUCUGUAGAUUUGUUUCUCUCUUAGCACUUGUCAAUGUGUCAAAAGACCCGCUGAAAAACACAUUUUACAAAAUUUCAAUAUUUCAUUUGUAGAAAUAUUGAAAUGUGUAAACAAAUAACCAAAGAAGUUUUCAAAAGAAUUCAGAAAAACGUGUCUUGGUUACUGCAGUAAAUUGUGUUAUAGAUAUAAUACUUUUUUUUCUACUUUUUCCCAAAGUUUAAGGCUUUUCUUUUCAGCUCAUGCUUUAAAUCAAUCAUGGAACUUCAGUAUAAGUGAUGGGUUUGAGUAUUUUGAUUCGAUUGAGAUUUCAAACUCUCAAUUCACGUAACAAUGAAACUGCCUUGACUUGAUUGAAUAAACAUCACUUUGUGCUGUUACGCGUCUGAUCUUCCCUGUCCGUAGUGAGCUCUCAUAAAGAAAUCAUCAACGAUGGAGCGUAACGAAGUAAAACGUAAACAUUUUAGGCAUCUGUACUUUAUUUAAGUACAUUUUAAAGACACUUCCUACUUUUACUGCAUUACAUUUGAGUGCAGGUAUGUGUACUUUCUAAUCCGCUACAUUUAACUGGACUGAAAAGUAAAACGAUUUUUUAAAAUGAUUGUGUGAGACCCGCUGAAAAGGCUGAGGGGUUAUUUUUUAUCAAGUUGAUAAUUUGAGCAAACAAAAUACACAAAUAAAAACAGCUGG